AUGUCUAAUUUGGCUAGAAAGAAAAUUAAGCGAAAAAAUGCACCAGGAAAUAGGUCUGACCUAGGAUGGGAACAUGGUGUUGAAGUAGGUUCAAGGCAAGUUCAAUGUAAUUAUUGCAAAGAAAUUCAUAGUGGGGGUAUAUAUAGGCUGAAGCAUCAUUUAGCUGGGACUAGGAAAAAUGUUUCAGCUUGUCCUAGUGUGCCAGAAAAUGUGAGGGAAAAAUUUGCAACUCUUUUGUAUGCCCAAUCUGAAGCAUCUAUAAAAAAGAAAAGGUGGUAUACUAUAGAAGAAGAGGAUGAUGGCAGUGAUGAUGAAUUAGUUGAAGUACAACAACUACAUUCAUCAAAAGGGAGGGGCAAACACAUAGGCUCCAUGGAUAAGUUUGUUACAAAAAAAAAGCAAGUAACAAUGAAUCGUGUGUUUAAAAAAGGAGAACGUGAUCUAGUGAUCCAACAAAUUGCUAGAUUCUUCUACACUAGUGCCAUCUCUUUUAAUUGUGUCAAAAAUCCGGAGUUUCUGCAAAUGAUUGAUAUGAUUUCAAGAUUUGGGAUUGGCCUUAAGCCUCCUUCCUAUCAUGAGAUUAGGGAGACAUGCUUGAAGAAAGAGGUAGAUUUUACACAACAAAUGCUUGAAGAAUAUAAGGUUGAAUGGAAAAAAACAGGUUGUUCAAUUAUGUCUGAUGACUGGUCUGAUAAGAAAAGGAGAUCCAUUUGUAAUUUUUUGGUGAAUAGUCCCAAAGGAACCAUUUUCCUAUACUCUAUAGACACAUCUAACAUAUCUAAAAUAGUUGAAAAAGUUUGUCAAAUGUUAGAUGAAGUUGUCGAUAGGGUUGGAGAGGAGAAUGUUGUGCAAUUGGUGACUGACAAUGCUGCUAACUACAAACUAGCUGGAGAGAUGUUGAUGCAGAAGAGAAAGUGCUUGUUUUGGACUCCAUGUGCUGCCCAUUGCUUGGAUUUGAUGCUUGAGGAUUUUGAAAAAAAGAUUAAGGACCAUAAGUACACAAUUGCAAAGGAGAAGAAGAUUACAACGUUCAUAUAUUCUAGAGCUAUGCUUUUAAAUUGGUUGAGGGAUUUCACUAAAGGGAGGGAAUUGAUUAGACCUGCUGCCACUAGAUUUGCAACAUCAUAUUUGACAUUUUCAUGCCUUAAUGAGUUCAAAGGAGAAUUGAUGGCAAUGUUUUCUUCUGAACAAUGGAGGUGUAGUAAAUUUGCAAAAACAAAAGAAGGGAAAAGAAUUCAUGCCAUAGUUAUGGAUAACAAUGGCUUUUGGUGA